AUGUCUACAACAACAAAAUAUACGAAAGAAACAUUACCUGUAGACGAUUCGGUGUCCUCCUCAUCCGAAAUAAAGUCCGUAGAAGAAAAAACAUCCAUCCAACAAGAUAAUGCAGAAAUUUCACAAGAUACCUUAAUUCCUUCAGAAAAUGAUAGUGAAGAGUCACAAUCUGAUGCAUUUAAUUCAGAAACCGGGGAAAUUAAUUGGGAUUGCCCCUGUCUUGGAGGAAUGGCUAAAGGAACUUGUGGAGAACAAUUUAAAGCGGCAUUCUCAUGCUUUAUUUACUCUACAGCUGAACCAAAGGGUGUUGAUUGUCUAGAACAGUUUCAGAAAAUGAAAGAUUGUUUUAAACAACAUCCUGAAGAGUAUGGUGAAGAUAUGGUGACAAAGGAUGUUAAUGACUCAACGAUUACAAUUGCUUCAACUGAAAAGUCGCCUAAUUCAAAUGAUUCAAAUGAUUCAAGUGAUAAGCAAACAUCAGAAAAUUAA